AUGAGUACAUUACCAGCAGGUUCUAUACAAUACCUGACAGAUGAUUCACAAGUCCAAAAGAUUAUCCUUAAUCAAGGCCACGGAGAAUUGGCUCACAAUCACUCAACUCUGAGUUGUCAUUACGAGAUCUUUUUACAAGGCCAGAGCACUCCAAUCGAUUCAACACGUUUUCGUAAUGCGCCUUUGUGGGUUAAAUUAGGCGAUGGUAAAGUAAUCAAUGGAUUAGAGUUAAUACUUUCAACUAUGUGCGUUGGCGAGAUUGCCGAAGGCUUAUGUACUAGUGUCUACGGAUAUGGUAAGAAAGGUCUUCCUAAUCGCAUUCCCUCAGAUGCAACGCUUCGAAUCGUUGUGGAAUUGCUAAGUGUAUGGGAGUCCCCCAAUUCGCCACGUCAGUGUAUCGAGCUGGCUCUCGCAUACAAGAACCAGGGAAACACUUUCUUCAAAAGCGGGUUGCUUAAUGAAGCACUAGAUGCUUAUGAGAAAGUCAAUAGCUGUAUAAAACGAGCUGAGGAGUGCACAGACAAAGAUCGGAUGGAAUUAGAUGCGUUGGGUAUCGCAGCCUCAAGUAAUUCUAGUGCUUGUUAUAUAAAACUCAAAGAGUGGACCAAGGUCAUAGAAAUCUGUGAAAAGGUAAUCUCAUUGGAUCCAACCAAUAUCAAAGCCUAUUAUCGUCUUGGUCAGGCUUAUUUGGAGACAAAGGAAUAUGAACAAGGCAUUAGUUCUGUGAAACAGGGUUUAAAGCACUCUCCAAGUGAUACCUCAAUGAAAGCCCUUUUAUCUCAACUUCAACAAAAAGAAGCCCAAUGGCUUAAGAGUAGAAAAGCUUUGUAUAAAAACAUGUUUGCUUAAAAUCAUAUACAAACUCUCCUUAUAUCACUCCAGAGUCUACUCAAAUACAAAUAUGUAUAACUUGCUUCUCUCUUAAUUUUCUUAAAAUUCCCUGUAAUAUUCGAAAGUAAGUAAGAGUUGUUUUGU